AUAUUCGCAGGUAUGUUCACAUAUACCGUACGAUAUAAAGGGGAUUCUAAAAUCCCCGAGCGUACCGAUGUCCUAUGUGACGUUGGAUUAGUAUAGUAUACGUGUGUUAGUGUCAUAUAUAUACUAAGUAAAUCCAUUGAUUUGUUUAAAACUUUGACGAAACGAACGACAACCUGAUGAUUAUCGCGAGAAUAAAACGUUACGCGAGCGUACGAGCUCUUUUUAUAAGAAACUUCAAAAUAUUCUAACCGAUCAUUGCGAAUGUGCAAAAAGGUUUAUGUCAAGGUGGGUCGGUCAGAGAUAACUGUAAAAUGUCAUUGACGAAUGUGUGUCAGGCAUGGAGUUGACGCUCCUCGAUGACACUUGUGGAAACAAUCGACUUGAAAAUCGCGCAAUUUUUAAUUUAACGUGACUCUAAGGAAUAUCAACGUAAUCCGUAAAAACAAUUGUUUUUCUACAAAAAUGCAUCAAAUACUCGCUCAGCAAUACCAAGAGAUCUACCAAGUUUUUGACAGAUGUUUCAGUUAACGACAUAUAUAGGAUUGCUCCUGAAUUUUCUAAUCAGCUUCACAUCCAUGUAUAAAAUAAGAACUGGUAAAAUCAUGGAGGGACCAGAAGUUACAUUUCUAUUUCAAUUUGGUUUAACUCGUGAUACAGUCACUGUUGAAGCUAGUACAUUGACACUUAAGGCUUUAAAAGAUUUUGCGUGUAAUUUUAUAAAUGCCAAGUGUCCAGAUCAUGGGUUAAGUCAUCUAUAUGAGAGAUUGCUUCUGUUCAAGCAUGAUUAUAGUUCUACAAAUAUUUUACAACUUAUAACAAAUGCAAUGGAGGUUGUAGAUGAAACACUAGUUGAAAUUGUUCUGACUGCUCAAGUGCCAAGUGAAGAUGUUCCCAUUCGUCCUCAUGCUUUAACAGUUCAUUCUUAUAAGGUUCCAACAUUUUGUGAUUUUUGUGGUGAGAUGUUAUUUGGUCUUGUGCGACAAGGUCUUAAAUGUGAAGGUUGUGGUAUGAAUUAUCAUAAACGUUGUGUUACUAAAGUACCUAAUAACUGCUCGCAAGAUAGCAGCCAAAGGCGGCGUAGUUCUGCAAUGUUAAAUGUGCCAAGAUCACCGAGUCAAGGAUCCACAAGCAGCUUGACCAGCAUUAGUGAUGACAAUCAUAGUGCAAAUAACACAUCUAAUCCAAAUCAAAGUAAUAAUACUUUGGCAGUUCCAAGUAUAGUUACUCCAAAACAAUCUCGUUCACCAUCAUUGAGUGGAAAAACAAUUUGGGUUGAGAAAGAAGUUGCAACUCGUAUAAAAAUUCCACAUACAUUUGUAUUGCAUACAUAUACGCGACCGACAGUAUGUGGGCAUUGCAAAAAAUUGUUAAGAGGCUUAUUCAAGCAAGGCCUACAGUGUAAAGAUUGUCAAUACAAUGCACACAAAAAAUGUAUUGAAAAAAUUCCAAAAGAUUGUAUUGGAGAGAAUCCACGUGAUAAUACUGGCAAUGAAUAUCCUGAUAGUGGUGUCGGUAGUGAACCAGAAGGUAAAUGUGAUGGUAGAAAUGAAGAAGGAGAUGGGGAUAGUGAUACAGAAUUACUUUUGCCCGUUAAAAUGUCUACGUACAUAACAGAUGAAAAUAAAACACCUGAUGAGUAUACAGAUCACAUACCAACGAAUGAAGAUGUUAAUUAUGAUGAAUUUCAAAAAUCUAGACCAUCUAGUUGCAGUUCUACUCCAAGUAAUAACAUUCCAUUAAUGCGUAUAGUUCAAAGUGUUAAGCAUACGAAACGACGUGGUUCAAAGGUUUUGAAAGAAGGUUGGAUGGUACAUUUUACAAAUCGCGAUCCUGUGAGAAAAAAACAUUAUUGGCGACUUGAUACAAAGGCUAUAACACUUUUCCAAAGUGAUAGUAGCUCUAAAUAUUAUAAGGAAAUUCCACUUGCUGAAAUUCUGUCGAUCGAAACAGCUAAAAUACCUCGUUCGCAUAUAAUGCAUUGUUUUGAAUUAAAAACCUCAACCAUUGAUUAUUACGUUGGAGAAGAUCCAACCUAUGGUGAUAACAAUGGUCAAGUUCCUGCACCAGAAAGUGGCAUAGGUGUACACGUAGCUAGAUCAUGGGAAACUAAUAUUAGACAAGCACUUAUGCCUGUAACUACAGCUUCCACUAUUGCAGACCAAGAAGAUCCUACAGAACCAGAAGAAAAUGUGACCGACAUGUCGCAACUAUAUCAGAUAUUUCCGGAUGAAGUUUUAGGAUCAGGACAAUUUGGUAUAGUUUAUGGUGGUGUGCACCGUAAAAGUGGUAGAGCAGUUGCCAUUAAAGUUAUAGAUAAAUUACGUUUUCCUACGAAACAAGAAGCACAACUUAAGAAUGAAGUGGCUAUUUUACAAAAUCUAUCUCAUAGCGGUGUCGUCAAUUUGGAGCGUAUGUUCGAGACGCCAGAACGAAUAUUUGUUGUUAUGGAGAAAUUGAAAGGUGAUAUGUUAGAGAUGAUAUUAAAUUCGGAAAAGGGACGUUUAAGUGAAAGAAUAACAAAAUUUCUUAUCACUCAAAUUCUGGUUGCGUUGAAGCAUUUACAUAGUAAAAACAUAGUUCAUUGCGAUUUGAAACCUGAAAAUGUUUUACUCAGUAGUGACAAUGAAUUUACUCAAGUGAAACUCUGUGAUUUUGGUUUCGCACGAAUUAUCGGAGAGAAAAGUUUUAGAAGAAGUGUUGUCGGAACACCAGCGUAUUUAGCUCCCGAGGUUUUGAGAAAUAAGGGCUAUAAUCGUUCUUUGGAUAUGUGGAGCGUAGGAGUUAUUAUUUAUGUAUCUUUAAGUGGUACAUUUCCAUUCAACGAGGAAGAGGACAUCAACGAACAAAUUCAAAAUGCUGCAUUUAUGUAUCCACCUACGCCUUGGAAAGAAAUUUCAUCCGAUGCUAUUGAUUUAAUCAACAAUUUAUUACAAGUAAAGCAAAGAAAAAGAUAUACGGUAGAUAAAAGUUUACAACAUGUCUGGUUGCAGGAUUAUCAAACAUGGUGCGAUUUAAGAGAACUGGAAACAAAAGUAGGAUACCGUUAUUUAACUCACGAGAGCGAUGAUGCUCGUUGGACGGCAUAUGGUGAUCAUUGUACAUGACAGAACCAUCCGCCUACUAUAAACAUCGAAUCAUUGCCAAUCCCUUUGCCAAUACACAAAGGCUGGGUUCGUUGUGCUCGAGCAACGUUGCGACGAUUCAUUCGUGCCUGAAUUGAAACAAGUGCAUGCAAAGUAGAGUAAAUAUCAUCUUUCGCUUUAAAUGUAUCUAUUUCGUUAUGAUAUAGAUAUCGUAGUUACUGAUCUACCGAUCUUAAAAAUACAUAUUACAGAUAUCACAUUUAAGCAACUUUGUUCAAAAGUAUAAUGUUGAAUUAAUAGAUAUAACAAUAUUGUGAGACAAAUGCAUCAAAAGGCCUUUCCAGUCUUCACAUGAUACAUGUUUUUAUAAUAUAAUCGUCUCUUCAUGAAAUUUUUCUAGUACUCGAUGUUCGACUAAUCGUAAGAAAAUGAUGUUUCGAUCAAUUUGAAAUUUAAUAUUAUUGAAACUAAGCUUUUAGCCUUACGUUGUUAUGCGUGUAUUGAUAUAAAAGUAGGAUUCAAAGUAAAAUACGCUAGUAUAUAAUUUUUCAAGUAUUACACGAUUAAAAAUGAUUGCUUCGAAAUGAAUGGGGCGUAAGGAAA